CAAGGACCCAGAAGGAAAGUCCACCUUCCCAGCACAGCUGAGCCGUCCACCCUCUCGGCUACUUGUCAGGCUGACUACCAGCUCAAAGGGGACAAGCCAUCUUCCUUGCGUCUCGAAAUGGUACUUUCUAGGCUCGGCAGAGAGGAUCCGAUCGGAAUGUCCUAACCUGGCCAUCCAAAGCCUUGGUCCAGACAGACCCGACUUCAGGCACAGUCUUCCCGCUGGCGUUGACGAGAUGGGCAAAGUGGAUCUUAUCUCUCACCACAUCCCGCACCGGCUUGGGCAGGCAAGACACCUCCACCUGUGGUUUAACAGGCUGAGAUAACACUGUACGAACAUUCUUUUUCUGCCGCCUCUAAUGAAAGAGAUCUGAGAGGAGCCCCUCCCUGCUGAGGUCUGGUGAAGAGUCAGAGGCCAAAGCAUGGGCUGAAUGACAGGCAUCCCAAGCAGUGACUCGAGCCGUCCGUGAUUUCAGAGGGAGCUCGUUACGGUGACUCCACGGUCAGGACUGCAGCCCCACGUGGCCCAUCGGUCCCGCAGGAGGCAGACCAGGCACUACAUAAAAGUCCCCUGCCUUGCUGCACUCACAGUGCACGUCCUUGGUUGGAUCUUGUUGAAGAUCAGGUUCUACAAAUCACUCUAGGAUGUCCUUCAGUGAUCAGCAGUACAAGCAGCCAUGUGUGCCCCCAUCAUGUCUUCAAAAGGCCCAAGAGCAGUGUCAGGCGCAGGCUGAGGAAGUGUGCAAGCCCCACCAGCAGGACGCCUGCCGAGAGAAGGGCCUAGGACAAGCCCAAGAGGUAUAUCUUUCUCAGUGCCCAGAGGUAAGCCAAGAAAACUGCCCACAACAAGUCCAAGAUCCAUGCCAAGACCAAUGUCUACCUCAGUGGAUGGAGCCAUGCCAGGAGCCACCCCAAACAAAAUGUGUGGAGGUGAGCCCACAGCAAGUCCAGGGGAAGUGUUCACCCCCUGGCAAGGGGAAGUAGCUGCUCAUAUGCCAUCUGGGUUAAGAAGAUGGCCAACGGUUGAAAACCCAAUCCCAGCCCCCACUCGGUGACCUCCUCCUCUGUGUGCAAUGUACCCUCUUGCCUCUUGGCUUCCUCCAUACUCCAGGACUGGGUCUGUGUCUCUGAAGACAGUUCUCCCUGUAUGUCAUCAACCUCCAUGAGUAAGUAUUGUUCUCAGCAGCCUGGUGGAAACUAUCAAAUGUAGGAAUGGUGUGGUUAUCAAGAACACCAAAGCCUAACACAGCUCCCGUGGGGCAAAUUCUUCCUAGCCCUUGGUAAGCAACAAGGAAGGGUGCCUUCAUGCAUCUUCUAGUGUCAGGGCCUCAUUCAAGCCUCACAGCAACCUGACUCUGAUGGACGUUUUGCGUGUCAUCACCACCACAAUCGUGAGUUAAGAAGAGGUUGGUUAGGGUGCAAACAUCAAAAAUUGGGUAGUUUUCUCUCUGGCCCUAACAGAGACAAUGGUUGGACACUGUAAUGUUGAGUGUGCUUUUUAAAAAUGAAAGAAAAUUAUGUGAAGGACUGAAUUCAAACAGCCAACAAGGAAAUACAAGAUGGGACGUUGGGGUCUUUGUCAAUCUUUGUGCUGCGUAGCUGGUCUUUCUGGGGCCCCUCCUGGUCACCAUGUGCCCUCUGUAGAGAUGUGAUUUGUGUCUCUGGGAUACAAGCUGGCCUGCGCUCCAGCUUCCUCACCUUCUUCUCCCCGGUGAAGGUAAAACACAUAAUAAAGCCGAUCCUGAGGCUGAUACCUGACAUGGCGCGUGUUCUGUCCUCCCCACCACCCGAACACCUGCUGUCCUGUGCUGAUUAUUUUCUCCUGUGGGGAGGGGAUCUUAAGCAGGAAUAAAAGCAGACCUCACAGGUGCACAGAACACCGACAUGGAAAGGGCCUCCUUCAGGUCCUCUGGACACCCCACUCACAGCCUUGGCAGGCUCAACCAGGCACACACUUUACACAUCAGAACACGCAGCAGGAGGCUGGGACUGCUCACAUGCAGUCAGCUGCAGGUCCUUUCCACUACGGAAUCUCUCCUCUUUCAAUGUCGCUUUCCAGAGG